GCAGGGGGGACCAGUCUACGGAAGGUCACGGACAUUUUUGGGACAAUAAACAAGAAGAAGAAGGAAUGUCGAAGAAGGAAGAAUGUAUUUUGUUUUCUUCGUAUUUGUUUAUGAUUAAUAUGACAGCUGACUUGAUUAAUUGAAAGGUUUGGAGGUUAUGUAAAAAUGAAGCCUAAAGUUUUGCUGCAAAUUCUUUGUCUAGUUGCUGCAACUGUCUCUGGGGUGUAUGUACCAAGUACUGGUACAGAGAAAGCUGAUUUGAAACUUGAGGUCUCCUGUCCACAAAACUGCCAAUGUUCACACUCGCUUAAUAUGACUGUACACUGUCACUUCAGUUAUGCAGAUUAUAAUCUGAAAGAUUUGUUCCCAUGGCAACUGACAAGGCUUCGUAUCCAUGGUGAAAGUUCUGUAUGGAGUGUGGCAAGUUCAAAACUGUCAGUAAAAGAAGUUGUGUUUGGCGGAAUGCUUCAAAAGGACAAAGAGAUUUUUGUCCAAAAGUUGGUUGGAUUAACCCGCCUGGAGAUUAGUUACGUCCCAAUUAAUCAGCUUUCUGAUACAGACUUCAGUGAGUUUGGAAUGCUUGAGUGGAUUGUUUUAACCAAUAACAAUAUUUCUUACGUUGCGCCCAAAGCUUUCGAAAACUUGCCAGAUCUUGAAGUUUUGAAUCUCAGCAAUAACCAGAUUGCAACCCUUCCAGAUAAUGCUUUUAAGAAUUUAGUAAAAUUAAAGAAGCUCCAACUAAGAAGCAAUAAUCUGGAUGUGUUGAGGGAAAAUGUUUUCGCUGGUUUGUCAAAUAUUGAAUUGCUGGACUUGCGGAAUAACCAUAUUGCAUAUUUGGAAACAUUUUUACAAGGUUUUGAUAGUCUUGUUACGCUGGACUUGAGGGGGAAUGAAAUUUCUUAUGUGUCAGAAGACGUGGUUUCUAAAUUGCUCAAUUUCGAAAAAGUUUUUCUCUCGAAAAAUCCUCUAUGGUGUUCUUGCUCACUAAAGACUCUGAUUGAAGCUUACCGUCUUGGUAAGACAAUGUUUGAUGAUUCAUUGGAAUGUUCCGCACCAAAACAUCUUGCGCAUACGAAGUUUGGGGAUCUGGAUCUAGACAAACUUCCUUGUAAUGCGGCUAAUGUUGCUUCGCUUACACUUUCAUCUGACACCCUGUACCAGGGAUCUCUAGUGUUGGACUGUCAAGCCUCUGGCGAAUUCCCGAUGGCCAUUUACUGGGUUACACCAUGGGGUGAAAGUUUCACAAAUAUUAGAUCCAAAUUAACAUUUCUUGAAGACUUUGAUGAUAUGAAGAAUGAUGAAACAUUUUAUGCAAUGAAUUUGUUCGUGACUUCAAGAGUUUAUGUGUCGAAAAAUGGGUCCUUACAUAUUGAAAAAUACAGAGGCCAUUUUUCAGGUGAUUUCACAUGUGUGGCAGUAAAUCUUAUAGGACAGUCCAACCAAACUGUUUCUGUUGGCAUCGAGACCAAAUUGCCAUUUUUAUACAUUACAAGUCUAAUUGUUGGUGCUUGCUCAGGAGGAUCACUGCUUGUCAUUGCCAUUAUUCUCGGAAUGAUCCGCAUGUUUGUGAACAAGUGUCUGCAUGCUGAUACGUGUAACUGCUGUUGCUGUCGCUGUGAUGACGUGGAGAUAAUUGAUGAGAAAAUCAAGCCAGAAGAUCUGCAUAUGGAAAUUGAGGUCAAGACGACUAGCAGUGAUUGUACGCAUGAUUCUCUGGACUAUGAUCCAAGUCUGCCUCCGCCUGACCCGCCUGUCAACUCACCACAGCUUAGACUGUCUCCUGAAAAAUGUUCCACUCCAGACAAUGAGGAAACUGAGGACCAAACAAAGGUGAUGCCUCCUAUCUGGGAUCAAUUGGAUGAAGUAAGAUCAAGGUUACGCUGUGGAGCGGAACGAAAAAUGGAGAAUAUCCGUUCUCAUGUGCGCUCAAUUACAGAUACAGGUUCCCUCAAGAUCAGGAACAUUAAGGAUGCUGGCAGUAUAAAGAUACAGUCCAUUAAGGAGACUGGUUCCCAGGCUGCUUCAAAGGUGAAGAAAAAUGUUGCCAGUGGAAUGGUACAGGUGAAGUAUGGAGUGCAGUCUAUCAAGGAGUUUUGUGGAACAGGAGACAUGGGGCCAGGCACUAUUUCUAUGGUGUCUGUUUCUACAGACGUUGAUACAAAGGAACGAGUACAGAUGGUCAGAUCUCAUACGUUUGUAUGACAGAAGACUUGCACUUGAUGAGAUUUGAUGAGAUUAGAUGUAAUGGUACAAUGGUCAUUUGUUUUAAUAGCCAACUUGCAGUUUGACCCUUAACUUUUUCAUAAUUUGUAUUAACAGUCCUCUGUUUCCAUCUUCUUUUCAAAGUAUCACUAGUGUUUCUACUUUUGAUAUUGAUUUGCCUUUAAGUGAUAAAAUGCUCUGUUUUUCUCUUGCAAUUGUUUGAGAUUUCAGUGAGGAAUCGGAAGGUGCAAAUGCAUAAUUGAAAUACAGUCACACUUCGAUCACUCUAAAUCGGAUAAUUCGAAUGCCACCUUUUGCUGGAACUCAUUGUCAGAUCCAAUCAGAACCCCUAUAUAAUGUAUAAUUUCCGAUGACUCAAACUACCGAUUAUUUGAACAAAUUUUGCAGGUCCUGUCAUGUUCGAGCGAAAAAAGUUUGACUGUAUAGUUAUUCUUUAGUAAAACUUUAAAAAUGUCUUCAGCAAUUUGUACUCUCAAAUUAUUAAACAGAGUGGGACAUGUUGCCUUUCCUCUAUUUUUCAUUUUCAGAAAGCCCUUAUUUUUCUACAUUUUUGAAAGUGUCUUACCCUUUCUAGAGUGGGUAGUUAAAAGCCUGAAAUAUUUGUUUAAAGUAUGAUUUUUUGCUUGACCAUUUGAAGAAUAGCUAGAGCUAUUGCACUCACCAGUUCGACCUCGUACAAAUUUGCUAAAGUUUAUAUGCAAGAUGGUUUAGUGAGUAACCAUUAGUUAGAGAUGGUACCUAAAGAAUUCAAAUUCAUCUUUACAUAUCUUUUACAGAGUGAAAUGAUAGCUAAGAGCGCCAAUUUACUAAACAUAUUUAAGGUUUUCCUCCUCUCCAUGUAAAAAUAGAAAUAUUUCAUAUUUAAAAAAAUGGCUUUCUCAAAAUAUCUGAAGCAAAAUAGACAACUCUUGUAUUGACCGUUUUUCAAUGGUUUUAGGACAUCCCCAAUUAUAGUCUGUAUUAAAAGUCUCCACAUCUACAUAGAUUCAAUAGAAUAUAGUGUAAGUUUAGUCUACUUUCAACACUUUGAAAGAGCCUAUACUGAACUUUCUUCUGUCUUUUAAUAAAGUCAAAAUCCAAGACUAGCCAAGAGUCUAAAACUAAUGAAAAAAAUCUGAGUGAAAGAGAAUGACAUGCUCUUUAUUAUAAGCUUACCAAAACCAUACCAAAAAUGUACCUGAAAGAAGAUAUUAAAGAUUUUAUAAUGUAAACAAACCCCUACACCAUUUUGAUAUCAAUAUUUUUCAUUCAUGAAAGCACUCAAUUCAGGUGAUAAUUGUUGAUAUAUUAUAAAUAAGAGGCCCUGAUGAAAUCUUUUUUUCAGGUUGUGUAAGCAGUUUAACUUGUAAAUUAAUGUUGAUAUCUGAAGUUACCCACUUACCUUGUUUACAAGAAUAAAUAAACACCUUGUAGUUUUUAAGGGUAGUUGAACAGUAACGAAAAUCAUCAAAUUAAUCUCCAUAAUAUUAUGCUUUUUCAGCAUUUAUUCGAUUUUCAUGGAAAACAAUAAUCGUGAGAGUUCCAUCCAGAAAAUGUUGAAUUGCUAAAAAUACAUUACAGAGUCAUUACCUAUCAGUUACCUUAAAAUGUUGUACUUACAACAACUACCAUAAAAUGUUGUGAUUUCAUUUGAUGAUAAUGACUUUUUGUGUUACAUUAUUUGCAGCAAAGUACUCCUGAUAAGUAUGAGAAAAUUCUUCAAAAUGACUAAAAGUUUUAAAACAUAAGAAAAAAUUCAAAAACGAUGAUUGAAAUGACAAAUAUAACCAGUCUGGCUACGUUGUUACACAAACGUGAUACCAAUAUAACUUUUUUUGUAAUUUUUCAUUGUUGGAUAUAUACAUUUUAUGUUUUUAAAAUUUAGUAUGUAAAUUUUGAGUAAGCCAAUGUAUCAUCAUUGGGAACAAUAAAUAACUUUGGCUUAAAGAUCAAAUCUUAAUAACGUUGCUUAAUGUCGUAAAAUUUCUUUAAUGGAAUUUAUGCAUUAUUUUACUUUAUUUUUAUGCACUGCCAAACUUUCUAUCAGGGCCUUACUACAACUUAUAAAAUAACUGUCAGUGUAAGCCAUGAGAAAAGUGUGCAUAUUGUAUAUUGAAUACGGUGAGAUUUAAACAAAUGUAGGUCAUAUUUUGUCUGCCUGAUCAGUUGUUGUUAAAAGGACCUAUUUGAUUUUUCUUUCACUUUUGACCAAUGUUUUAUGUUGGCUUCAGAUUAUUGGUCAGUUCAGAGUUGUUCCCCUUAGAUUUUCUUGGGUAGGUACCAUCUCUACAUUAGUUGGAAUGGAAUGUGAUAAUCUGAUAUCCAGUACACACAUUAAAUUCUGAAAGUUAUGUCACUUUUUUAUGCCCCCGGCAUCUACUGAUGCGGGAGGCAUAUAGUGAUUGGCCUUUCCGUCCGUUCGUUCGUCCGUCUGUACGAGGUUAACCAAAUGGGACCGUUUUGUCUAGCAUCAUUACCCCUUACUGGAAUGACUUGAUACUAAUGCAGAUGUAACCUGUGACCAUUCCUCAUCUUUAGACAUCACCUGACCUCUGUUUGAUCUUGACCUUGAUCCCAUUUUGGACUUAGGAUGCUUAUAUGGGCCAUCUCUUGGUUAACCAAAUGGGACCGUUUCGUCUAGCAUCAGUACCGCUUACAAGAAUGAAUUGAUACCUCGUUUUGGACUUAGGUUGCUUUGUAUCAACAAGAAUGCUACCGGGGGCAUCAAGCGUUUAUUGAACGCAGCUCCUUGUUAUGCUCCCGGAAAAAGUAUGCCUUGCUCUUCCAUCCAACCUUGUCUGUCCGCCGGUCCUGAAAUCUUUAUGUGGAUAAAUCAUACAGUUUUCAAGGGAUUUGGCUCAAGCUUACAGAAAUGUAGCAUUUUUCAACUUGGCUAUUUUUAUGACCCCGGCAUCUACUGAUGCGGGAGGCAUAUGGUGAUUGUCCUGUCUGUUCGUCUGUCCAUCCGUACGAGGUUAACCAAAUGGGACCGUUCCGUCUAGCAUCAAUACCCCUUACUAGAAUGACUUGAUACUAAUGCAGAUGUAACCUGUGACCAUUCCUCAUUUUCAGACAUCACGUUACCUCAGUUUGACCUUGACCUCAUUUUGGACUUAGGUUGCUUUAUAUGUGCCAUUUCUUGGUUAACCAAAUGGGACCGUUUCGUCUAGCAUCAAUACCGCUUAAAAGAAUGAAUUGAGACUAAUAGAGAUGUAACCUGUGACCAUUCCUCAUCUUCAGACAUCACCUGACCUCAGUUUGACCUUGACCUCAUUUUGAACAUAGGUUGCUUUAUAUGUGCCAUCUCUUGGUUAACCAAUUGGGACCGUUUCGUCUAGCAUCAGUACCGCUUAAAAGAAUGAAUUGAGACUAAUAGAGAUGUAACCUGUGACCAUUCCUCAUCUUCAGACAUCACCUGACCUCAGUUUGACCUUGAACUCAUUUUGGACAUAGGUUGCUUUAUAUGUGCCAUCACUUGGUUAACCAAAUGGGACAGUUUCGUCUAGCAUCAAUACCGCUAACAAAAAUGAAUUGAUACUAAUACAGAUGUAACCUGUGACCAUUCCUCAUCUUCAAACAUCACCUGACCUCAGUUUGACCUUGACCUCGUUUUGGACUUGGGUUACUUUGUAUCAUCAAGGAUGCCACCGGGGGCAUCAAGCGUUUAUUGAACGCAGCUCCUUGUUGGUUAUGUUUUUAUCUGAGCAAUCACUAGUCGGAAUGGAUUAUAAGUUUUCAUUCUUGUUCACCAUGAUGAUUUGACAAAAAAAAGCUCUGGUUUGAUAAGCGUUUUUUACAAAGUCAUGUCUUUUUUUUUUCAUACUUUGUAAUUUUUUGUGUGUAAUCUCAUUCAGCAUCUUGAGAAAGGAACGUUCUUUGACUCGGAAUUUGUUCCUUUUGUACUUGAUUAUGUCAGUGUGUUCAUUUCUUUAAUAAUAAUUUUUAGUGACAAGGCUUUUGAAUAGUCGAGGGAUGCAGUCCUCGGACAGCUCAUGUUUUCAUAUUGAGCAGUGUUACAUUCCAGCUUUCUGUGAUAUUAAGCAAUAAAAGCUGUUGUAAAAAUGUUUUGGAGGAUGAAUAAGUCUCAUUAAAGGUGCAUGUCUGCAGCUGAACGUCAUCAUUUCAAUUUGUAGCUCGGCUGUAGAAUAAGGAGUGGAGAGCUGAUGUAUUCGCCCUGGCAUCAGGGUAUUCUUGCUUAUAAGUUAAAGUUUAAUGGCAAGUUUCUCAAUUUCACACAUUUUUUUUGCUUAACUUCUUAUUAAGGGCUGUACAAAGUGAACUGGAGUUAAUAUUCAGUGAUGACAAGAGUAUACCAGUGUGUGAUAAUCUCACAUCGGUCACAGACUACUUUGUUAACCUAAUCUAUUACUCAGCUGGUGCACAAUUUUUGCCAUAAAACAUGAAAAUAAAUUUACCUUACCCAUUAAUGUGUAUGUUAGGAAAUCCCAAUCCUUUGUAAUGUGUCCAAAAACUCGGUAGAACCUGGCUUUUGUAUAUAUCUUAACCUCGGUUGGGAUUUUUUCAUCCACAACUCAUGGUAGUUGUAGAUUCUUUUUAGCUCAACUAUUCAUAGAAUAGUAGAGCUAUUGGACUCGCCCGUGCGUCGGCGUCCGCGUCCCGAUUUGGUUAAGUUUUUGUAUGUAAGCUGGUAUCUCAGCAACCACUUGUGAGAAUGGAUUGACACUUCACACAUUUAUUCACUGUGAUAAACUGACUUACAUUGCACAGGUUCCAUAACUCUGUUUUGCUUUUUUACAAAAUUAUGCCCCUUUUUUGACUUAGAAAUUUUUGGUUAAGGAUUUGUAUGUAAACUGGUAUCUCAGUAACCACUUGUGGGAAUGGAUUGAAACUUCACACACUUAUUCACUGUGUUAAAGUGACUGACAUUGCACAGGUUCCAUAACUCUGUUUUGCUUUUUUACAAAAUUAUGCCCCUUUUUCGACUUAGAAUUUUUUGGUUAAGGUUUUGUAUGUAAGCUGGUAUCUCAGUAUCCAUUAAUGGGAAAGGAUUGAAACUUCACACACUUGUUCACUGUCAUGAUAUGACGUGCAGUGCAAAGGGUCAAUAACUCAACUUUGCAUUUUACAAAAUUAUGCCCCUUUUUAAACUUAGGAGUUUUGGGUUAAAUUCUUAUAUGUAAGCUGGUAUCUCAGUACCCUCUAAUGGGAAUGGAUUGAAACUUCACACACUUGUCCACUGUCAUGAGCUGAUAAACACUAUGCAGGUUCCAUAACCCUAUUUUGCUUUUUUUUGAAUUAUGCCCCUUUUUCGACUUUCGUAUUCAUUCAAUCGACAAGGCUGUUGAAUAGUGGAGUGUUGCUGUCCUCCGACAGCUUUUGUUAUAUUUACUUGUACUAAAACUUUUUGAAAGAAUUUGAAAUCAACUUGAACAUAAUUUUACAUGUACAUGUUAGUGGGACCAGACAGUUUACUUUCAGGUAAUGAUUAACUGCAGUGUUAUGAAGUAAGGUAGAUCAUUGGUAAUUGUAAUAAACUCGAAAAAAAUAAGAAAGUAUAUGAAUGCUAAUUUAACAUAUAUUUUUUGUUAAUCUGAGUUGAGAGAGAGAGAGGUAGGUAGGUACAAUGUAUUGAAGUAGGUGACUUCUUAAACACACAACUGUAUACAAAAGUUAUAGAUGGACACUUUUAUGUAAUAAUAACUUUAAUCUGUACUAUCAUCGUUAUUGAUUUGAACAAACAUAAUUAUUGUUUCAAAUUCACUGUUUUAAUGUUGCAUUUUUAUUUCAUUGUGGGUGACUUAACUUAAAAUAUAUUGCUAAAUUUCAUGUAACAUAUAUUCCAGAAUAUAAUUAAACAUGUAUAUAUAUUGUGUGAAAUUUCCAUUUAUUAUAAAAGUUUUGUAUCACAAGUGAUUAUUUUUUCAUUCAUUUUUCUGUAUUUUGAUAUUCUUAUGAUGGAAAGGAAAGUACAUGUUGAAAAGUGAUACAGAAAGGGCAAGAAUAAAAACAAGACCACAAAAAAAUAGGUAAUGCAAUUCAAUCUUCAGUCAUUGACAAGUGAAAGGAUACAAAAUUGAUUAUCAGUUUUUAUUGUACAUGAGAAAAUGUACAUUGUCCAGACAAUCCUGUAUAGUCAGAUUACUUUUCUAUGAAAAGAUUUGAAACUAACAAAGGAUGGUUAUACUUAUGAACUGCACAGCUUACUGUUAUAGAAUCAGUAACUGUGGUCAAAGAAGUAUAAAAUAUACAGAAUGGCAACUGGCUGUAAUCUCGCGUGAGCUCGUGUCAGAGCGUGAUUCGGCGUUAUCUUACUAAAAACAAACAUCGGCGAGCAUGGAGUUACAAUUUGUACCUUUAAAACUACAUUUAAAAUACAUGUUAGCUUCUAAAACAAAAUUAGUUUAAUGCGAAAUGGUCUUAAGACAGGAAGUACACGUUUUUUUUGCCAUCGAAAGAAGCGUGGUCAUACGGUGAUAAUUAUUUUACCGAUGAAUAAUUGCUUUCGCAUACAAAAUGGCGCGUGGAGAAAGCGCCACUUUCGGUAAACGAGAUCUCGUUUUUUUGUCACGGGAGGUUGGCGAGAUUUGCUCUAUAUGCCUGUCAAGUUGCCAAUCUAUUUAUUUUUAUAGCUCUUUGCUGUGGUUUAUUUAUGUACUAGUGUACAGUUAUAGUACAGUCACUGUGUGACAAGAAUGCUAUUUUAUAUUGCUCUGGUAUCAUGCAUAUCUUGUGCUCACAUUUGUGUCAUCUGAGUGUGCUAUUCUUAGAUACUGAUUUUUUAUUUCUGAAUUUGUAUAGAUAAGUUGCAGAUGAAAAUGAAAUUCAUCAUGAAAUAGUUAUGUAUUAAAAAAGUAAAAUUUGUACAAGAGCUUUGACUGUGAUACUAGUUCAAAUUGCAAAUUAAAAUUGUUAUAAUGGUCAGGUAUUGACUUUGUACGUUUAUUUUACUGACAGUUGAGAAACUAGUCUGAUUAACUUGAUUGGAAUAUUUAUCAGUUAUUGUGACACUCAGUUUAGAAACCAGUCUUAUUAACUUGAUUAUAAUUUAUUAUCAACUGUGACUGUCAGUCUGAUUUACUGGAUUGGAAUUUGUGACUGUCAGUUUAGAGAAACCAGUCUGAUUUACUGCAGUUGUGACUGUCAGUUUACAAACCAGUCUGAUUUACUGGAUUGAAAUUUGUGACUGUCAGUUUAGAGAAACCAGUUUGAUUUACCAUAGUUGUGAUUGUCAGUUUAGAAACCUGACUGAUUUACUGCAACUGUGACUGUCAGUUUAGAAACCAUUCUGAUUUACUGGAUUGGCAUUUAUUAUCAAUUGUGAUAUCAAGGCUUUUUUUAUUGAGAAGUGCCUGCACAGCAGAUAUGUUUGUUUUUGCGCUUGAAAUAUUACAAUGAUAAGAUGUUAACAGAAUACUUAGUAUGAAAAUAUGUGCCUUAAACGGUUUAGAAUAUAAUGUAUCAUUACUGAGAUAGUAAUACUAUAUGAUAUACAAAUUGUUUAGAUAUGCUUACAUUCAAACAAGCUACCUCCAAGUAAUUCCAAGAUUAAUUUUGUUGAUUUCAGCAGUUUUAUCAAACACGCAAGAGUUGUCCAUACUUCGGUGAGCCCUUGUUUUUCUUCGUAAUGCGUAUUUCAGCAUGUUCAGUAUUACUAAUGACUGAAUUAGACAACCACAUAUUUAUAAAACUAGAGGUUUCUGGGUCUUUUUAAUAUCUGAAACAAACAUAUAAGUGAUAAUUUUCAUUAUCAUGAAUAAUUUCCUACAUGGUGAUCAUAGUUUUUAUUCAAAAUUUGAUGAAAAGUUAUUUUCCAUUUUUAGUGCUAAGUAUAAAUUCAUUAAUAGUUGUAAAAUCUUCAGAAAUAUAUCUAGAGGAUAUUUGUUUUAGUGUAAGAUCGUAAUAUAUUUCACCAAGUGAACACUAUAAUGCAAUAUUUCAUGCGCCACUUGUGAAAAUGUAAAUUAUGGAGUUCACGAGUGAAAUAUAUAUCGAUCUUACACUGAAACAGACAAAUUUUCCAUUUAUUUUAUGUAUAAUAUCUAAUGGUUUUAACAAAAGUAUAUCAAGUUUGUCAACACAACGUCACAUGCAUCGCAUCAUGACGUCAUAAUAUCGUGACUUCAGGAUAUCUUUGUAGAAAAACUAUAAAUAGUUCUGUUAGGUUUCCUGAUUUCUUUUACAUUUUAUUAUGAUAGAAUGUAUGUAUUUACGAUCCUGUCAGUAUUUCUAUACAUUUAUAUCUUUACUGAAAUAUAUUUUGCAAGGAAUUUUCUAUUAUUUAUAAUUCAUAUUUUUUUGCAUUCAAAUGUAGUUCCGUACGAGUGAAAAAUAAAAAUGAUAUUUUCACUGUUUGAAACAGUGAAAAUAUCAAUUUUAUUUCACUGAUAAUUUUCAGUAUUUCAGUGAAGAGCAUGAAAUAAAAGAUUAUAUUAAUAACAUCCAGUGUUUAUGCAUGUAAACGCCUUGCCUUGUAAUGUUUUAAUGCCAACGUUUGCAUUACUCAACAGGGUUUUAAACUUUACAUAUGCUUAAACACUGGGAGAAAUAAUUUAGUGCUUUAGUAUGUUGAAUAAAGACCAAUUAGUAGUACCAUUCUUAUUUGAUCUUACGGAGCAUUACGAGAACUAAUAUUAUAUGAAAAACAUUUCUUGGUACAAAUUGAAUGACUUUUGUAAACUUUAAGUUUCAAUCAUUUUAUCUAGUAAAUAUUGACAUGUUGUAUGGAGUUUUAUGACAUUUAUAAUUAUAUCUUUAUGAAAAGAAACCAAUCAGCAGUAAGUUACCAGUCGUUCUGUUUUGGUGUGGUAUUAACACUGCAUAGCUAUAGCAUUUUACAUCAUUUUCAUUUAUAAACAGUAUCACUUGAUACUGUCAGAUAUACUUGUAUUGCACUUUACAGAAGUUGAAAAUUAAACUGUUUGGAUCUUUACCAGGUUGAAAAUGACAUUAUUUCCCGUUUGUUUGAAGUCGCUCACAAUUCAAGUUUGUCCUGGCAUGCAGUGUAAGCUGAUUUAUUUGUGUAUUCCUACAUCUCUUUUGCUGAAAAUCUGCUGAAUUUUGUGUGGAAUCUUUGCGUAGUGUUUGGGAGUGAUAAACUUAUUAUAUUUUGUUGAUUUUUCAUAUGCAGAAAAGUUUUAUUGUAUUAAAUAUCUGAUUGUACUGAAUGAAAUUGAAUAUACAUUUGUACAUGUUAUAUAUAAAGUAUUGUGUGAUAUGAUAAUAAGUGUAAAACUAGACUUUGAAAUACAGAAUUUUCAGUCCUCCACCUCUGAUUCACGUGGGGAAGUUGGCAGCUACUUGCGGAGAACAGGUUUGUACUGGUACAGAAUCCAGAAACACUGUUUAGGUUAACUGCUUGCCGUUACAUGACUGAAAUAUUGUUAAAAAUGGUGUUAAACCCAAAACAAACAAAACAUAAAAGCAGAGUUUUAAGUUUCUUCAGUUAAAUGACUAGUCUUUACAAAAGUUUGUUUGAAUAUAGUUACCAUAGUAACAUACAUCUCUGCAAAGUUUAAACAGUAUAACUAAUGCAUUUUGUUUUAAGUUAGAGCAACUUAAAUUAUCGGUAAUUUAAAAUCCAAGUCUUAAUUUUAGACCAAGAACGUUGAUAAAUGUGGAAGAGACAGGAAAUACUUUAUGAGUUACCAAUUCAGUUGUCUGUAGAUUGAUUUUCUGAUGAUGUAUAUGUUAGAUAUAGAUUGUUCCUCAUUCAUCACUUUGUUUUAUGAUGAAGGUGUCGGUUACUUGUUGAGGAUGAAGUAGUAGUGGCUCCAAAGAUUUUGAUUGAGUUUGGGGGACAUAAAAAUGCAUUUGACAGUUUGUCAGUUUCAGGAAAGAGCAGUAUUGUUCUGUGGUCAGGAAAUUUAGCAUAAUCUGCUCCUCGAGGGUUCAACGCAAUAAGGGCGUAUCUACAUAUGAUUAUUAUAUGUAGAUACGCCCUUAUUGCGUUGAACCCUCGUCCAGUGUCCUAUUAGAGACGUAGAUUUAGUUUAAUUUGUAGGCUUGCAUUUUAAGAUCACUAUUUUAUUUAUGUAAAGGAUAAUACCUCUGUUUCACAACAUAAUAGGAGUAAAGAAAAUUGCCUUCAGUGUGCAAACCACCCGUUGAAUAUAAUUAUGUAAGGAAAUGGUGUCCAUGUAUAUCUAUAUGUUUCUAUUAUUCAAUUAAAUUGAAUAGAACUUU